AUGAAUGACCCAGCGGUUGACGCCUGCUGGCACGUGGUCGUCAUCACGGCAGUCGUAACUUUCAUCGGCGUAUCCCUUGAGCGAGCGAUGAACUACCUCUACGUCGCCAUCAUGGAGGAAUUCGGGGUGGACAGGGAAACAGCCUCCUGGCCCAUGAGCGUCAUGACAAGCCUCGGAGGCGUGAUUGGUAUUGGCUCCGGCAUCAUAACUGUAGCGACGAAGUACUUUGCAAUGAUGUACUUCGACAAGCAUAGGGGUAUCGCCAUGGGGAUCACGUCAUUGGGCAGAACGCUGGCAGGAUUCCUCUUUCCGCAAUUUCUGCUGUACUUAAAAGAUACCUACAAUUUCCAUUGGAGCUUCUUCAUCUUGGGCGCCAUCUCGAUUAAUAUCACGCCUCUGACGUACCUGCUCAAAGAACCCCAGUGGUGCAAGCGAGAAAAGCAAUGCGGACCCACGGCAUCGAUUCAUACGACCAGUUCCGGGUGCACCACAGAACUCAGCAUACACCAGCAAGAACACCAGCGUAUAAAGACUCCCGUUCAGAGGUUGCCAGAAUACUCUUGGACGUUGUCUUCCAUGCUCUGCACUCCGAUCUUCUACGUGAUCGUCCUGUCAUCGGCGGUGACCAGUGCAUUCGAAAUCCUGUUCAUGUCUUCAAUGAUAGACUUCUGUCAGGACAAGGGACUGACCGAGGACGACGCUGUCUGGCUAGCAUCGUACUUCAACCUAACGGACAUUCUUGGGCGCCUCUGCAUUCCCCUACUUGCCGACAGAAGAUUUCUGCGCCGCAGCACUUUACUGAUGCUUAUUCAACUCCUCAUGGCCUCCGUCAUGGUGUCUGCGCCUUAUGCAACUACCUACUGGUCACUUGCAGCUAUCGAAGCUUUUGCUGCGAUCCUUGUCAGUUCUGGGACUGUUAUGCACGACGUUUUGGCAGUCGACUACUUCGGCUUGGAGAAAUUAUCAAUGGUGUAUGGCGUCAUCGGAGUGGUGAGGACCCCGCUGCAUCUCUGCAAUCCUCUCAUACUUGCCUACCUUGCUUGA